AUGGCAGCAAGCAAUUAUCCAGCAAAUUGGACACAGUUGGAGCGGGAACUUGGAUAUCAGGGUGGCACUUGUAAGUGACGCUAUACCCAAACCUGGAGACCAUUAUUUAAUCCAAUUCACAUUGUAGUGGCAGAUACCAUACAAAACCCUGACCGAAAGAGGAUCGGCGAUUGGCUCAGCCCAGCAGACCAAACUAAAUUUCACAUCGACAAAGUUACUGAAGAUCCGCUAGGAGCUGCCGCGAACCUUCUGGGAAAGCAAUCUAGGGUUGCAAGAUGGACAACAAACGGUAACAGACUUUUGCGCAUUUCUGGCAAUUCAGGAACAGGAAAAUCUGUUUUAGUGGCCAACAUCGUGGUGAAAACAUUCGAUGAAGUCAUUAAACUUAACAGGAACCACAGAGCGCUUUUGGAACCAAGAAAUAUGUUAGGCUAUUUUUUCUGCAGCACACGCGAAAACGAAUUUUUUGAUUUCAGCACGUUUGCCCGCACCAUCAUAUCGCAGUUCUGCCCAUUCGCAGUUCCUCAUCAGCGAGUGAAACAGCUCUACAGGAGAUGCUGCCAACAAUGGCCUGGAAGGCAACCUGAGAUUGCUCAACUUAUGACGUGCCUCAAGACGAUAUUACAGGACUUCUUCGCAGAUGAUGAGAACGGCAAGGUUUACCUCAUCAUUGAUGGCCUGGAUCGCGUUCCAGUGAAAGAACAGGUUCCCUACAACAGAUUUUUGCGGGAUGUAAUGCAAGAGGACUACAAAAAUCUUCACAUCUUAUUGUCUUGUAAAGACAGCUACACCACCAAGCAUUAUUUUGAGACUAGCGAUCAAUGGAAAACCGUGAAUAUGGAUAGGAGCGACUUUACGAAAAGGUCCCACAAGGCAUUCCCUGAUUAUAUGUUUUCAAAGGUUCCCGCCCUCUCCAGGUAG